UCAUUUCUGUUCCUUCUCGUGUAUCGUUCGAGUAUCAAGAAAUAUCUUUAGUCUUGCAGUGUCAAAAUCUCUGCUAAACUUAAUCUUUUCUGGAACAGUGUAUGGUUAAUGUGUAGCAACAUUUAAUAAAGUCAAGUCAUUUUGUAGCUAAAAAGAGCUUCAGGCAGUAAAUUUAAAAUGUAUAGCCCAAUGAAUAUAGAAGUUCUUCUGAAGCUCCUUUGCAUGGCGUCGUUUGAAAACAAAGGAAAAUCUGGACCAGAUAUAUGCACAUUAGACGAAACAGUCCCAGUUAGAAAUCUCGAAUCGCUUAGCACUGACCUCUACAGCCCAAGUAUCAAACCCGGUUGCUUCAUGAAAGGUACACGAAACGUUGCUGACAUGUUAGUAGAUGUAAAAGCUUUAGUGUCAUCCUUCAAAAACUAUUCAAACUGCGAAAUGUGCUCGACAGUCGAAUGCCACCAAGCAGCCGCUGCCAUCAUACCCAGUUUAGAUGAGACUGUGGACCCAUGUAAUGACUUCUAUCAAUUCGCCUGUGGUGGAUGGCUGAAAAGACAUAAUGUAUCUGAAGAGAGACCUUAUGUUUCCGUCUACACUGAGCUUGAAGAUGACAUCCUCCUCCAUCUCAACGGUAUCUUAAGCAAGAAUUUGACUGAGAAAGAACGUAACAUCUCUCACAUUCGUGUAUUAAAAGAAUUCUAUGACUCCUGCAUGGAUACUGAAAGUAUCCACAACGCAGGAAAGGGACCUCUGAAGGAGGUUGUGAAUGAACUUGGUGGCUGGCCAAUGAUUGAAGGAGAAAACUGGGAUAACGCGUCCUUUGACUGGAUGGAAACUCUCAUUAAACUGCGCAAAAUGGGUUUCAGUCAUAAUAUGUUUAUGAACUUGAGUGUGAUACUGCACCCAAGUAACAGAUCGGUUUACAUCAUAAGAUUGGACCAUCCGACAUUAGGAAUAGAGCGAGACUAUUUGAUAAAUAAAGAAAAUUAUCAUUACAAGAAAAUAAUAGAGAGAGCGGCUUAUAUGUUGAGUUCCUCUCGCAUGCCUAUUUUUGUUUUCAGUUCCGCCGUUUCGGAAAGUAUAACUGAACUUGUCAAUUUCGAGACGAAGCUCGCAGAAUUCUCUGUGCCGCUUGAGGAAUAUUACCUAUGGAAUCUCUAUACCGUUGAGCAACUCAAGCAAGAAGUGCCCAAGGUUAUGUGGAUUAGAUAUUUUAGUGAAUUGCUGAAAGUUAAAAUAACCAGGGAUGAAAGCUUGUUUAUUGGUGACAUAAAUUAUAUCAAGAAGUUGAUCACAUUGAUUAAUCAAACAGAUAAGAGAAUAGUGGCUAAUUAUAUGAUAUGGAGAGUUGUUCUGGAAUCCUUACCGUUACUGUCGAACGAAUGGAAGAAUUUAGUUUACGGCUCAAUGAGAAAAACUUACGAUUCAAAAAAUGAACUGCGAUGGAAACAAUGUGUCUCUUCCAUUAUGGAUAAUUUUAGAAUUCCUCUUAAUUCUUAUUACGUGCAGCAAUAUUUUAAAACCGCUAUCUUUAAUGCCGCAAAUGACACUUUUCAACGUAUAAAAAGCAUUUUCCCAGAUACCCUCAUAGGCAAUCACUGGAGAGACUCAGUAUCUAAAGAAUUUGCCAGAGAUAAGGCUCUAGCCUUAGGCGCACAUAUUGGAUAUCCAAAAGAUCUGCUGAACAAGAUCUUCGGUCUAUACAGAGAUUUAAAGUUUGCCAACGACAGCUAUUUUUACAACACGUUGAAAGUGCACAAGUGGUUAACUGACAACUCUUUAAAAAGGAUUAAAAAUAAUCAUAAAGGAAAUAGUAGGUGGAUGGAAUAUGCAGAAGGAUCUUCGACAAAGAUUGUUCACGUUUACCAUAAGAAUAGAAUUGAUAUACCUGCAGGAAUCUUGCAAUAUCCUUUUUUCCACAUGCAUCGACCAUCGUAUUUAAAUUUUGGGGCCUUGGGUUUCACGAUUGCUCAAGAAAUUACAAAUGCAUUCUUCAGCCAGGAAGGUAAGGACUAUGAUAAAGAUGGUAAACACGUCACUUGGUGGACCACUCCAAAAUUGCGAGAAAAGUUUGAAUCGGAAGUCAGUUGCUUCCAAGAUCAGUAUUUUACUUACAAGAAACAAAACUAUGGAUUAAAUUUAAAGGUAGAUUACACUAUGGCUCAAUAUAUAGCUGACAAUACUGGUUUUCUAGCCGCUUAUAAGGCAUAUAAUCUCUGGUUAAAUGACACGGACUGGCCAAAUCAAAAAAAAGAGAAAAAGCUUCCAGGAUUGAAGUACACACCAAAACAAUUGUUCUGGAUAAGUGCAGCAAACGUACUGUGCGAGAAACAAACAGAUAACUACCUCCAGCAAAGUUUCAGAGAUGACACAUAUUUACCUUUGAAAUAUAGAGUGAUAGGAGCAAUAUCUAAUCGGCCAGAGUUUGCAGAGGAUUUUAACUGCCCGUCAGAUGCCCCAAUGAAUCCGAAAACUAAAUGCCAAAUUUGGUAGGCACGUCUAGAGAAGAUAUUACAUUUCAAAAUCAUAUAUUGGAAUAACUGGUGAAAGUAUUUUUGCUCACUUACUGAAUCAUUUUGCACAAAUGUGGAAAUGAUACUACAUGUAAAACAGUUAAACUGUUGUACUUUAAACUGAUAUUUAUAUUUAAAUAAACUACUACUAUUCUUA